CCCUCGAGCGAGGCGAGAGAGAGAGAGCGGGCGGGACGUUGUCGCCACUGCCGCGAGUGGCCGGAGCCGGGCGGGCGCCCUCUUCCCUUUAGCCCGCGCAGCCCGCGCUUCCUUUCCGCGACCGACUCUCGCCAUGAGUCCCGACGAGAAGCCGCCGCAGCCGCCGCCGAGCCGCUCCCGCGGCAGCCGGACGCCUCAGCAGCCGCGGCGCGGAGGGCUCUUGACGGAGAUCCGGACGCCCAUCCUCCGCGAGCCGUUCCAGGAGCGCUACAGCCUCAGCCCCGGCCGCGAGCUCGGCAGGGGGAAAUUUGCAGUGGUGAAGAAGUGCUUAAAGAAAGAAACAGAAAAAGAGUUUGCAGCUAAAUUUAUGAGAAAAAGACGAAAGGGUCAAGAUUGCCGUAUGGAGAUAAUUCAUGAGAUAGCAGUUCUGGAAUUGGCACAACGCAACCAUUGGGUUAUUAGCUUGCAUGAAGUGUAUGAGACACCAACAGAAAUGAUCCUGGUUUUGGAAUACGCUGCCGGAGGGGAAAUCUUUGACCAGUGUGUAGCUGAAAGAGAAGAUGCCUUCAAGGAAAAAGACAUUAAGCGUCUCAUGAGGCAGAUCUUGGAAGGGGUUUCGUUUUUACACCAUAAUAAUGUAGUUCAUCUUGACUUAAAGCCCCAGAAUAUUCUACUUACCAGUGAGUCGCCUUUGGGAGACGUUAGGAUAGUUGACUUUGGACUUUCCAGAGUAAUGAACAAUGGUGAAGAACUAAGAGAAAUAAUGGGAACACCUGAAUAUGUAGCUCCAGAAGUACUGAGCUAUGAUCCAAUCAGCACUGCAACAGAUAUGUGGAGCGUUGGAGUAUUAGCUUAUGUCAUGCUAACAGGAGUAUCUCCUUUCUUGGGAAAUAGUAAGCAGGAAACAUUCUUAAAUAUAUCUCAGAUGAAUGUAAAUUACUCUGAAGAUUUUGACCUUAUAUCAGAAUCUGCUGUUGAUUUCAUCAAAGCUCUUCUGAUUAAAAGACCUGAGGAACGGGCAACAGCAGAAGAAUGCUUGUUACAUUCAUGGCUAGCACAAACUGAUAUUCCUGACACUGUGUGCUGGAGUAAGAACAUUGAAGAAGAAGCAGAUACGCUUAUUGUACAUGAGGAAGAUUCCACUUCUGAAAUUUCUGCAGAGGGAGAGAAAACAGAAGAAGACUCAGUAGUGACAGAAGAGCUGAUUGUAGUCGCUUCAUAUACUCUGGGACAAUGUAGGCAAUCAGAAAAAGACAAAAUUGUUGAACAGAAAACCAUUUCAAAGAGGUUCAAGUUUGAGGAACCGUUGCUGCAAGAACUACCUGGAGAAUUUAUUUACUGAAUUGUGACUUGCUUCUCCUCUUCAGACUCAAGCUAAUUUGGGAGACUGGUUCUUUUUCUCCCACUUGGUCAAUUUACAUAUAGCCAAAUAUAUACCCCUCUACAAAAAUCCUUCUAAAUAAAGGAGGAAAAUGUUAAAAGCCCACUAGAAAACUGUGCCAACCUCUUUAAUUUUAAUGUAAGUAAGUAUGUAAAAGAGAUCCUAUGGAUGUAAGAGCAUAAAGCAAUAGUUCUGAUUUCUGUUGGUAUGUUUAAAGCUUCUGUAGAGCUGCUGUUAAAUUUGUAGGUCUUCAUGACUGCAGACUUACUAUGUGCAUCAGAAUUCUAACAGACUAGCAUUUGGGCAAAAAUUGCCUAUAGUUUCUUCUCUGCCUGCAGGCAUAACUGAAAAGUGUGAUCUGAUUCUGCUUUCACUUGGGGCAGCCUGGUUGUUCAAGCUAUGCAAAGCAAUGUAGACAAAGCAACUCUUGAGUGAAAACAAAUUCUUUGUUGUUUUACCCUAGAUGCUGGGUAAACCUGGGUUACAGGUUUCUUUAUGGUACAAAGAUGUUCUGCCUUAAAUAGAAUACUUAAAAGAAUAUUUAAAAGCAACUACGUGUGUAAGUCAUUGGCUGUUUUAGAAUAUUUGUGCUAGGCCAGUAAUGCUCACUCAGUGGCCCAAGAGCCACCUGUGGCUCUUCAAAGCAUUGUUCCCAAGUGCGGCGCACACCCUUUUGUUUCAGAAAGACCUGACCUCUCCAAUACACACAUACCCUUCUCUGCAACCUCUGCACUCAUCCCAGUGUCUAAGCAGCUGCCAUGAGGAAGUUUGCCACCUUGGGUUGGUGGUGGCUUUAAUCCGCUUUCUUCGUGGCCAACUUGUUCUCUUUCAGGCACCUCAGGAAUCUCACUCUUGUAUUUCAUUUACCAGCUUGUGAAAUCUACUGCCUCAUGCAUACAACUUGUCUAACUGGCCAUUAUUUAUCUCUUUCUCCUCCUGGCAUUAAGUGCUCUUGACUAAGAUUUUCUUCUUCUGAACUGGCUUAUGUGCAUGUUGUACUUGUUCCUGCUAUUUCUGCUGUUGGAGAAUUUCUUUUUUUACUUCUUGUGCACAUUUUUUCCCCUAGCAUUGGUUUGGCUGUCAGGCAGGAUUGCCUCUUUAUACUGUUACAAGGAGGCACAAGUGAAAUGCUACCUCACCACUAAAGUAGGAAGCAUAAUAGCUUUUUUAAAAAAAAUCUAGCUGAAAGGGCAUAAAGAUAGUAUAGUUUAUGGAGAAGAAAUGGGUAUUCAGUGACUUUCAGAAUGCACACUGUGCAGCAUUCCUGUUUUUCUUAGCAAUUUGUGUUUGCUUCCCGUAAAAGUUGCAUUUGACUUCCAAACAAUUUUCUGUGCAGUUUAGAGAUGUGAAGACCUGGAAAAAAGGCGGGGGGGGCAAUUUUCUCCCUUUUUAGCACUUUUUUGCAGUUCUUCUGAUGGACAGUUUGGGAAAAUUUGGGUAGCACUGAGAAAUUAUUACAUACUUUCUUUUUUAGAAUGAAUGAAAUGCUGCUUAAGGCAAGGGUUUUCACGCUGAAAAUAUACAACAUAAAAACAAUCUGAGGACUUUUUCAAUUUUUCAGUGGAAAAAUUGUGAGAUUUGGGGAAAGACCUUUUCCCCUUUUGGAAUGAGUGAAAUAGAAGGCAAACUUUUUUUCAAAAUAUGUAGCAUGAAUGUAAGACGGUCUACAGCAUUAGAUAAUUCCUACUUUCUGUCCAAAUGAUACUUUGAUUUGUUUACUACAGAAUUUCAACUUUUCCCCCUGCCUGUGAUGUAUCACAGUAGCUAAGGGAGACUUUGCAACUCUUUCUCAAAUACUUGGUAUACUUGCAAUUUUUCUUAUAGGAAACAAGAUGUUUAUACUUUUAUAACUUAAAAUUGCACUAUUUGGCGCGUUUAGAGAAUUUAAAUGAUACAUUUUAUGAUACUAAAUAAGUAAAAAGUUUAGGUUUGCUAGGAAAAUACAUAUUGCAUAUGUUUCAAUUUCCCCCCAAAAUUCAAUUCUUCUACCCUCCCUGUGGCUUCAGAAUUUCUGGAAUUUUUACAUCUCUGGAGCAGCAGUCCUAUGCAAAGCUUAGCCUGGAGUAACUCUUCAUAGGAUUGUACAGUUGAUCCUUCAGUGUAACUGCUUUAUUAUUGCCUAGUUAAAUAGUUGCUUGGUGUGGACAUGUCUUAUUUUGCAAAGACUUGUUUCCUAACAAUAGCAAAGUAUUUAAAUUGAUCCAUACUGUGUAAUAUCUACUUUCUGUGACAUAUCUGACAUUGUAGCUUCUCUAGUUCUGUAAACAAAAUUACCCACCAUUCGAACUUGUAUUAAUGGGCCUGCGAGUGGUAAUGAAGUCUGUAAAGAUCUUAGGACUGUAUAUGUUCUAGGGAUCUACCAAGACCUCUCUCCAUUAAGUAUUAUUCAGAGUUUUAGCAAGCUUGUAUCAUUUAGGAACUGGACUAGCAAAGGCCACAAUGUGUAUAUAUUAUGUCUUAGUAAUUUUCCUUAUUUUUUCCCCAAACUUUUGAGAAAACAUUUGACCUUGGUUCCGGUUUCCUUAUCCAAAAGGAUUAGUUUGGUGAGAAAGAUGGAAGUUGGAUUCAUAUUCAAAAUUCUCAAAGAGAAGCUAAUCAGAGAAAGACUUAAUGACCAUCCUGAAUUCAGAGCAGUGAAAAUUAAUUGCUUUUGCUACAUCAGCCAUUGUAUAGCCUGCAACUCCAAUAACUGUUUCAACCCAAAGUUUUAAAAUGCAGACUUUCCGCUGCAUUUUGAGGUAUAUGUUUUCCCCCAGUACUUUUACAGUUUGUACAGUGGUAAACUUAGGAAGCUAUUUUGUAUGUGAAAUUAAUGUACCUAUAACAAGGCCAGCUGCCUUUCAGUUGGCUGCUUGAAACGGUUUCUGUAUUCCGAUUUAACUUGCAGUCCCUUAAGGUGGGUUUUGUACAGUAAUUGUUUACAAAUAUAAUGUUAUAGAAAUCUAUAAAUUAAAACGAACUCUAAUGAAGAAAAAGUACUAAGUCUUCAUAGGGCCAUUGGCUACUUCCUAGUGGGUAAUGUCAUUCCCGUUCAAUUUUGUGAGCAUGCAGUUGUGAAGUAUGCUAAGAAAAACCUGAAGGUUCUGAUGUAUUGAACAAGUACCAAGUGUGUAUGCAGAUUUGAAAUAUUACACCAGAAAAUUAAAACUUGUGGGAAACAGUUAAUGUACAAUCAAAGGCAAGACUAGGAAAAUUCUUCAAGAAUAGGAGGGGGGAGUAUAAUCUACAGUCUGUCUUUACCUGCGAUCACAGAUCUGGACAGCAACUCUGUUCUGAAAUGCUGCAAUCCCCGGUUCCUCUUCUCUGCAAAUUACGGUCCUACUCUCCUGUUACAGGGAACAUUCAGUCUCCGAAGGUUUUGUAAGACAACAUGGAAGCUGCAGUUCAGUUGGUUCUAAUGCCGAUUACCAUUCCUAAAGUGCCUGUUACUUGAAACUGUAGAGCCAGGCUUGUGGUCUUGAACACCUCUCACAGUCGUGAGGGGGAAAAAAUGAAAGGAAACAUGGGAUAAGGUGGACAUUACCGAUUGUCCAAAGUCACUGAGGUCUCCAUUAAGUAUUAUUCAGAGUUUUGGCAAGCUUGUAUCAUUUAGGAACUGGGCUGAAGCAAAGGCCACAAUGUGUAUAUAUUAUGUCUUAGUAAUAUUCCUUAUUUUUUCCCCCAAACUAUUGAGAAAACAUUUGACCUUGGUUCCGGUUUCCUUAUCCAAAAGGGUUAGUUUGGUGAGAAAGAUGGAAGUUGGAUUCAAACUUGGUUUGAAAGCACAGUGCCACACUUCUAAACACUUGCUGAAUCAACUGUUUAUUAUGGUUAUAGAAUUAUUACCUUUAAACACAGAAAGACUAUUAUGUUCUGUUGGCAAUGCAAAAUGGUUUGCUUUAAUAUAGUAACUGGUUUUUCCAGUUCUUUAAUGAUCUUUUAACACUGGCAUAUCAUGCAUACAGUUUGCAAAGGAACUAAUAGACUCUGUGGAAACUGGGAAGCCUUUUAACUGGCAAGUGGCUUCUUCCCAUAGCAGCUAAUGAAAGGAAUCGAGCUUCCCAAAGGGUUGUCAGCAAGCAACAGAAGUAGAGCUAAAAUCAAGAUCACUUCAUUGCCUGUGCUGUGCCUUAAAUGUAAAAACAUUCCGUUCCCCUCACAGAAUAAAGUAGUCAUUACUGUACCAGCAUCCUAUAGGAAGACAAACUUGCAAUAUGAAAAUGGGAGGCAACCCUUCUGUGAUCAGCUUGAAUUCUGCUCUUCCCAGAAUGGUCUCCAUGAAGUUCGCUGAAAUUAGUGACCAUUGCAAGAGUACUGUGGGCUAUGAUAGGUUCAAGACUACGAACUUUGCUUGAACGUUUCAUGUUCUGUGUUGCUGUAAAAGGAACGCGCCUUUCUUCUAUAUUCAGCUAUUUUGUGUUCACUUCUCUAGCGAGGUCAUCAGGUGGGACCCUUAAAUUGGCUGGAGGUCAAGUUAUCACCUGGCUUUAGCAGUUAAAGUCUUAAGUGCUGUGCUGCUCAUCUUUCACUAAGCCAAAGCUCAAGCAGUGUGUUUAUUCUGCGUAGCAUUGCUUCUCUUCAUGGCUAGAAAUUGCUCUGCCACAAUUAGACUUCAAUUGCCAAUUCUAUUCAGUAGUAUUUUUGCUUAAAUUAGGAGCUAAUUAAGUCAGUGAACGGACGAAUGACUGAAAUGCCCACUCACCACUGUUUUUCACAAUGUUAGCCACAGCAGCAGUACAGCUAAUGAGAGCAAUAGAUAAUGCUCUAGAAAAUGUAUAAACAUCUUGAUGUUUCAUAUAUGUAAGCACUGUAUUUAAGCAUUGAGUGGGCUAAUAAAUGGAUUCACUUUUUACAAACAUUCAGUCUUUGUCCUGAUUUGAAUGGCAAGCAGUAACUGUUUGGAAAACCUCCAGUAAAUUCAAGAGUUGUACAUCAAUUAUUCAGUC